UUUUUAUUUAUUAUUUAUUUAAAUUGUUUUUAAGCUAUCCUCUUUCUUCAUUCUGUAAAACCCUAUUUCUCGUUUCUGCCUGACGCCGUCUCUCACUCAGCCGCCGUAGUCCCAGCCUUCCGACGAAAUCGCCGCCGCCUUUCCCUCUCACACUCUCGCCUCUCCGAAUCCGACGACAUCCCCAAGGUUUUACAUGGGUGUAUCAGUUAAAGAUGCUAGCUUCUUAAAUGAGGAUAAAAUAGAUGAUGACGAUCUUCAUAGCGAGGACUCAGAAUUUGAAUCUGAAUCUGAAUCUGAAUCUGAGGAGGAUGAGGAUGUGGAACUAUCUGAACCAUCAAAGAAUGCAAUUUAUAAUGCUGAUGGUCUCCUCGAUAAGCUUGGAGAUAUUAGCUGGCCCGAAAAUGUGGAAUGGAUACACAAGCUAUCUCUUGAUAUUGAUCAAGAAAAAGAAGUAGAUGUGAAUGAUGAUCUAGCUAGAGAGCUUGCAUUCUAUACACAGGCUUUGCAGGGUGCAAGAAUGGCCCUUGAGAAGUUCCAAUCUUUAGGACUCCCUUUUCUCAGGCCUUCAGACUAUUACGCAGAGAUGGUGAAGACAGAUACUCACAUGCAAAAAGUGAAAGGUCGGCUGCUGUCUGAACAGAGAAAGAUGGAGGAGGCCGAGGAAAGAAGGAAGGCAAGAGAAGCAAAGAAAUUAGCUAAAGAGAUUCAAGCUCAGAAGCAGAAGGAGAGGGCUAAGCAGAAGAAAGAGGAGAUUGAAUCUGUUAAGAAAUGGAGGAAGCAGAGGCAAAAGAAUGGUUUUGCUGGAGGUGAUAAAGGUGGUGAUAUGGACUUUUCCUUUGAAGAUGGAAAAACAUUUGAGAGAUCUGGAGGUAAAAAGAGGCCAGGGGUGUCUCCUGGCGAUCGCACUGGAGGGAAGGCCAGACAUGGAGGAGGAGGAAAAGGGAAAAAUCCGAAGAAGAAAAGAGAUUUUAGAGAUUCCAAGUUUGGAUUCGGCGGGAGGAAAAGUUUGAAUAAACAGAACACAGCUGAGACAACAAAUGAUAUUAGCGGCUUCAACAAUGGCAGUUUAUCAAGCAACAAAAGAAGGAAGAGGUCAUAGAUUAAUGCACUAGUUUAGUUUCAAGUUUAGAGAUGGGUGGGUACUGCGAUCAACUUUACAAUUUUUUCUGAUGUUCUUUUGAAAUUUUCGUUCUGUAAUGCUGUGAGCCUCUGUGAUAAUCCUAGAAGAUGAAAGUUAUACUUUGUAUUUCUUUUUCAAGAAAUCCUAAUUUUGGUAGUUGUUUUUGUUGUGCCAUUAUGGUUUUAAAUCGCAUAGAUGUUGAUAGAGUUGAUGUUCUAUCAUCAAAGAUUUUGCA